AUGGUCGCUAGCCUACCGACAUCGCCGGAAUCCUAUCGGACCGUCGACGGUCUGCUGGUGUUCGUUGGACCUCGGCCGAGACUGCAUGGGUCUGGUUCGCUGAUACACCCUGGUGCUUGCCUAAGGUCGUUGGCGGGGAGGCCUAGGUCGCCUACGUACGCAAGUUGCGCUGUGCAUGCGGGCGCUGGGGCAUGGAGAACUCGUGCGGGAGAGCUGGGGAAACCUUGGUCGCACUGUCUGCUUGCGUGGGCUGUGCGCACGUUGCGUACGGUGGCGCGUGGGGCUCCGACACCGGCACGUGCAGUUGCGGCUGGUGGUGUUGGGCACUCCGGUGAAUGCACCUUCCUCCGGUGGUCAUGCUCUCCAAGUUUUGUGGUCGUCCGAGGUGUUGGCGGGACAUAUAUAUUCGUCGGGAUGCAUAUAUAUAUUCGUCGGGAUGCGAAACAGGACCUCGGGAUCUUCUGUUGUAUGACCAAUUACCUGCUCCGACUCGUCGUGGUUGAUCUGUUAAAGAGCCUGUAA